AUGCCCGGCCUGUUGCUGUCCGCGCGCGAGUUCCUGCACGUCCUUAGGCUCAUCAUCAAAGAGCAGGGCGGCUUCCCGGCCGGCAUCCCGGGCGCCGUGACCGGCGUCCUCGGCCCCCGGGAGGCCAAAAAGCCAACCGACGGUCAAACCGGCACCCGGGCCCCGGGGACCAGUGACGCAGAGCCGGGCCCCGAGGAGCCGUUCCUGCAAGAGCCGGGCCCCAAGGAACCGUUCCUCCACGUGCUGGCCGACAUCUGGGGCACCUACAUGCCCACCAUCCCCACCAAGACGCCUAGUUGGCUGAAAAAGAGGCUUCCAACCCUGGCGUGGAUGCUGUACGGGGAAGAUUCUGUCGUGUACCCCGCUGAUUGGUCCACCCGGUGGUCCAACGAUUCGGAGGCAUGGUUUUUCCUCAACGGCAUCGCCACGACGCUCGCGUCGGCCAAAAAGAACGCGACGAGGAUGGGGGCCAUGUUUGGGCGGGAGAUCACCGUGGUGCACAACCCGACGGACUCCGGGCUGGUGGACCUGCUGGAGUGCUGCAUCGGCAAGCUGUGGGACAACUGGUCGACGGACCCGCGGGAAGUGGCGGCCGAGCAGCUGAAGAGCGCGCUGCUGGAGGAGGGCAAGAGGAAGGUGGUGCUGAUCUGCCACUCGCAGGGGACCAUCAUUGCCAGCAACGUGCUGAGGGACCUGCAUGAGGACAACGACCUGACCGACAGGCACUUGGCCAAGCUGGAGGUCUACGCCUUCGCCAACUGUGCGCACCAAAUGGAGAAGGGCGACAUCGGCCACUUGGAAACCCUGUCCAACACCCUGGACACCGUCGCCAUGCUGGGCUCAUGCUGCCCCUACCCGGAGUGGCAGGACGUGGACGGCGAGACGAUCAACAUCGAGGGCGACAAGUUCUUCGAGGAGGGCAAGCGGGGCCAUAUGCUGAACAAGCACUACCUGCAGGGCCUGGAGCAGGGGCAGUACGCCGGGUCGAAGCUGCACGAUUACCGCAGGGAAGCCAAGUCGACGGCGGUCUGA